AUGGACCAAGAUGCAGAGGGCAAGGACAAAAGAGAGCCAUUGGCAUUGCUUGUUGACGUUUCUCCAAUCCAAUGGCGCAACAAGCAAGCUAUAGCUAGUAAUAGCCGCAGUUCAACCAAAGUUGAGAAGGUGGCUAGGAUUUCGGUCAGCUACAUUCUUCUUUGCGGUCAAGUUAUCCUGCUACUAACAGUGUUGCUUUUGCAAUGUUUGUAAGGAAUACACCAGACACAUCCGGAGAGAGCAACAGCUGCAUUCAGUGAGCAGCCACAGGAUAACGUCACGUCGUAUCAUAUCAUACCAGUUGAAUGCGUGAGUUAUACGGAACUAUAUGAAUAUAGGCCCCCGUCGCCAGUUGUCUUCUGCAGCCAUCUACUUGAGGAGUUCAUACCCUGUCAAGAUCCAGUGGACCAUGCACAGAACUCCACUGCCAUUCUGGAGAUGGGACAUGGUUGUUGGAAGUUUGGAGUGCAGGUACACAAAGAUGUGAAUCACACACCAGUCAUCUACGACAUUGAGUGUGCUGGACCCAGGGAGUUCCUGAGAGGGAAUGAGCCGUGCAUCAAAUACGCUGGCCACUAUUUCAUCACCACUCUGCUAUAUUCCUUCUUCCUGGGGUGCUUUGGAGUGGACCGGUUCUACACAGGCACAGCUGUGGGCAUGCUGCUGACCCUAGGAGGCCUGGGCAUCGGAGGCCUGAUGCCUAGUGACAACAGCAACUGGUGCACCUUCUACUGAGACCAGCAAGCAUGGGUUGAAGACCUUUUAAGGUGGGUUUACAUUGCAGAGAUGCAGGCCGAAUAUUUACCUUUGCUUAUUUGUGAAUUACAGUUUAGAGCAGUUUGACCACAUGUCGGAUGCCUUUCUAUCCGAUUCUCCUAGAGAAUCUUGACACCUGACAUUCUAUCACUUUGUUUGCACAUGCCACAGAUGACCAUUAAUCGCAGCAUAAUAACCAACGUGUCGGCCGUUAACGCAAUUUCCUCAGUCUUUUCUGUCACCAUGGGAAAACGAGAAGUAUGAGCAAAUGAUGUCUGGACCAGGGGCAUGGUUGAGUGGCUGGCAUGUUCAAAACCUUUUGCCUUCAGUAGGCUGCUAUAGAUUUCUCUGCUUUGUUUUGAAAGACUUUGGGUCUAAAGGUUAGACCACUGAACUGUUUUAAGCAAAGGAAAUGGUUUGCUAAGUUGUCUAUAUGAAAGCUUAAAUCUAUAUAUUUAAUUUAUGCGAUCGUAUGCGUCCACAAGCUACACAACAUCUACGAUGUCCGAGGGCAAUUUCACAACACAUUUACUUGAACAGUGCAGAUGCAAAGUUUAACAGGAUGACUGCACAAACGGCACACACUGUCCAUCUGUUAUCUAACUUUGCACCGCCACUGCUCUUCAAAAUAAAUGUUUUUGUAAGAUUGUCAGUGGAAGUUGUUAAAAGUAGUCCUUGUGCAUCUAGUUGUAUGGUUUGUUAAACUUCGCAAUCAUUGGUUUUUGUUUUGACAUUUUAAAGUGAAAAAUCCAAGUCCCCCGACUCAUUCUGUUACCACGGAAUUGCCCAUGACCAUAUGAUGAAAAUGAUAAUAAAUAAAUAUAUA